AUGGUGCCAAUGGUGCUGAUGAUGAUGCUGAUGCCGAUGGUGAUGAUGAUGAUGCUGAUGAUGCUGAUGGCGCUGAUGAUGGCGAUGCGUCACCCGCUGACGCCCCGCGUGUCACCCGCAGAGACCAUGUCGGUGGACGCCGGGCUGCCCAGCCCCAACGCGCUGAGUGGGCCGGGCCUGGCCCUGGACGGGCUGCCCGGGCGGAGCCGCAAGAAGAGGACCAGCAUCGAGACCAACGUGCGCUUCGCGCUGGAGAAGAGCUUCCUGGCGAACCAGAAGCCCACGUCGGAGGAGAUCCUGCUCAUCGCGGAGCAGCUGCACAUGGAGAAGGAGGUGAUCCGCGUGUGGUUCUGCAACCGGCGCCAGAAGGAGAAGAGGAUCAACCCCUGCGGAGGCCCCGCCCCCCCGGCCAAGGGCCCCGCCUACAGCCCCCACCUG